AUGGCUGGCGGCAAGAAGAAAACACGAUCUCUUGAGCAUCACAACGUGCUGCUGCGAGCUUCAAGCACGAUAGCCGACCGAAUCCAACGCACACCUCCUCACUCGCUCUCUUUAUCACAAAGUAACUCGAUGGCCGAGGGAGGAGACAACGGACGUCAUCCGCCCCGCGAUCGCGACGAACACUACGACAGCGGAGCACAACGGAAAGAUCACAUCAAAGCUGGGCAACGGAUGGAUCGCAGGAUCGAGUCCGGGUUUUUAUUCAGACUGCCUAUGGUCGUGCUUUCUGGAAAAGAUUUUCAGUCGCUGGUUGUCAAGGCUUCGCUGUAUAGCAGCCAACGUCAAGAGAGAAGUAGUCCACCUCGACUGUAUAUCUGUCAUAUGCCAUUGUACAAGAUACCCUUGCUAACGUCAUCUCAUCGAACUAGAUGCUGGUAUCUGUUCAAGAAGUAA